AUGCCAUCUUGUUCCAGACGAUCCAUGGUCAGUGUAUCCACCGGAACCCCCAGGCCUGGAGUAGCAGGUCUUGCGUUCACCGGAGGCAUGUGCACCAAGCGUCGGGUAGCCGAAUCCAUCGACAGAAGGGGGUUUUACGAAGGCAUCAGGCACGCCGCCCAUGAAAUGGGACACUCGUUCGGAGCCGCACACGAUGGCCAACCACCCGUGUCUCACAUUCCCGGUAAUAGGGGCGCCUACCAGUGCUCCUGGGACGACGGUUACGAGAUGAGUUACGUGGCGAAGAACUUAAACCAGUUCACCUUCUCCCAAUGCAGCCAGGAACAGUUCCGGGUGUUUUUCAGCCUCGUGCCACAGCGGUGUCUCGACCGAACUUACACUCAGAACAAACCGACGCCGUCCAAGAAGCUCCCAGGGGACCGACUUUCCAGAAAAAGGUUCUGCAGGCGCCUCACAAGUAACCUCGGUGCUAAGGAGUGCACAUGCGAAGCUGUGCCCACAAAAAAGUGA